AAAUAACACAUAAACAACAGUUUGUGGAAAAGUGAGAUUUAGAUACCUUAUUGAAGGUGACAUUGUCAUACAUGUGCAAAUCUAGCACCAACACUUGCAAGAUCUCCAACUUCCAAGCACUGGGAACGCAAACUUUAUAACCUUUUGCUCUGGGGAUGCGGUGGAUAACAGGCUGUUAUCUGCUUUGGAGGUUUAGAACUUCCCUGCUGGAAGAUAUCUCUAUUUAGACUUGGAGACUAUAAUAAACAUGGUUCAGACACUAGAAGCUAUCAAGGGUGGAGGAGGAUCCAUCAGAGUUGGGGCUACAGGGACAAUAAGCUCUCUGAUGACAAGGGAAUUGGAUUCAAUUAAAUCUUCACCUCAGAUGCCUGUAUCUUUGAGAAGUAAACCUCGAGCAGUACCUGUUUCAGAUCCCUGUGGUGCUACAGCUCCAAAAAGAGUACAACCAAGAAAGUCAUCUGACAAGGCAAGCAGCAGCUGCAUUGAUCAUAGAAGCCCUGAGAUUACCAGGAAAACAAAAGUUUACACUAGAAAUACCCAUCUGAUACCAAUGCUCAGCUCUGAUGGUAUUGCUCUAGAUAGAACUCCUAUUAGGGAGAAAACUGACAAGAAAGGAUCUAACAUAGUUGAAAUUGUGGACAUAAAGUGUGGGAACCAGGAUAGGGCAUGGGCUAGCCCUAUAACAAAUCGUCUCAAGAAGCUGGGCUUCUCCAAGCUCUCAGAGAGCAUUAUCUAG